AACUUCGUGAAAGCCUCUUUUCUCCGUGAACACUCAAACCCUAACAAAGAACAAUGGCGAAAUCUAUGCGAUCUAAGCGAGAGAAGCGGCUGCGAGCAAUAAGGAGGGAGAUAGUGGAGCCUUUCUACCAGAAGAAAGAUGAAGCCAAACUCGCCGCUCUGGAAGCUGCCCUCGCCGCCCCUAAGCUCCCCGUUCGUGCUCCUGCCUCCACGUCUAUGGAAGUAGUAACACCCUCUAGUACCGGUGCAACAUCAACAUCUCCGACCAACAAUAUGGAUGUGGAGAUGGAGGAAGGCAUUCAAAGAAAGGACUCCUUGAAGCCGAUAGGGAAGAAGUUGAAAAAGAAGUUCAAGUUAGGGAAAAAGAAGCGCCAUGGUAAGGGCAAGAUCAGGGGGAAACGCAAUCUUUAAGUCCAUCCAUCUUCCUGAAGUAGUUAUAAUUCAUGCUGCAUUUUUCCUUAGUUUGCGUUGUUGUGUUUUGUAUCAGCAAUUUUGCCAUUGAUGAAUUAGUCCAAAGAAUAGCUUUGUAAGCUUAAAGCCUGUAUGGCUUAGUGAUGAAUGACAAAACAAAUGAGAAUUUUUCUUAUUAUGCAGUAGCAUUGGCUGAUUUCUCUUGAGAAAAUCUUAUCAGACAGAAUGUAUGGACUACAUAUUAUGGGAAGAUUCCUUGUUGCUAACUACAAGAAGUUGCCAACU